AUGCAAAAGAAACUUGAGACGCAAACACAGAAAGAUAAUAUCUUUCUUUCUUUCUUUCUUUCUCUCUCUCUCUCUCUCUCUCUCUCUCUCUCUCUCUCUAAUACAAUGACUUAUAUGUUUAUCUCUAUUAUAGUUUUCCUCUGCACCACCCAUUCGGAAAAAAGGGGUUCUUUCUCCACUUCCUAUCCGGAAGCAUUUCAUCCUCUCUAUCCUGAACUAUCUCUCUAUUCCUACAAUCUCUCUGUCUAUCUCUCUGCUUCUCUUCCUUACCACUCCCUACUGAUUUUUACCGCGCAGCUUUUACUCUUUAUUAUCUCUUCUUCUCUUGCCUCCACUUUCUUUCUCUACGUUUCUCCUUUGUUCUCUGUUGUUCGUCUCUCACUCUUUCUUUAUUUCUACGUUUUCUCUCGUCUCCUAUUUUCCUUUUCCUUCUCUUUUUUCUUCGUUUCCCCUCUCUUUGACUACUUCUACCUCUCUCUCUCUCUCUCUCUCUCUCUCUCUCUCAACCUGUAA